AUGCACCUGGCCAUGGGCAGCCUGCGGCUGUCCGGCCUCGACGUCUCCUUCUGCGACAAGGUGGGCGACCAGAGCCUGGCCUACAUCGCGCAGGGCCUGGACGGGCUGCGCUCCCUCUCCCUCUGCUCCUGCCACAUCAGCGACGAGGGCAUCAACCGCAUGGUGCGGCAGAUGCACGGGCUCCGCACCCUCAACAUCGGCCAGUGCGUCCGCAUCACCGACAAGGGCCUGGAGCUCAUCGCCGAACACCUCAGCCAGCUCACGGGCAUUGAUCUCUACGGCUGCACCCGCAUCACCAAGCGGGGCUUGGAGCGCAUCACCCAGCUGCCCUGCCUCAAGGUGCUCAACCUGGGACUUUGGGAAAUGACUGAGAGUGAGAAGGUCAGGUGAGAGGAGGCGGGCGGCCCCGAGACCUCCGUCUCGUCUGGAGGGACUCACUGACGGACUGACUGACUGCUGCAACGGAGGAGAGGGAGAGGGGCACGCACAGAGCCAUGCUACCCACACCCCCUGGCACCGAAGGGAGAAACGUAGAGAAAGAGAGUAUGUCCUCGACUCUUCUGCGCUGCCUGCCACCCUUGCUCUGGAAGAGGAGGAAGCGGGGGCAGGAGAGAAAGCAAGCACCUGUCCGUUUUCCAGGUUGUGCCUCCAGCUCCGUGCUGGGGAGACAGAGCUCCCCCUUCCCCCAGAGCAUCCUUCUCUGCGGACGAGGUAGAAGCCCACACUCUUAUGCACUGGGGCCAGAGACACCCCUCUUUAUCCCCACUCCCCGAUUCCAUCCCCUUGUGCACUAAGGAUGGAUAGAGAAAGACCCUUGUUCUGCCAUCUAUUCGGAACAGAUUAUUUUUCGGUUUAUAUAAAGGAGAGUGGGAAUGAAGAUGGGAACAAACAAUAACCACAGAAAAGGCUUCCUAGCUACGCUUGUGUAGCCGGCCACCCAGUCAUCCUGCGCUGGGCACAGACACAGCUUUUGGUA